AUGGCGCUCGAUACAUUUCAGUUGCGCGAUAAGGCGGUUCAGGACAGAAUUCGCAAUGCGACAGAAUUCCUCGACCCCACCGACGAGGAAGCGCGAUCCUACAGAGGAGACAUCGUGCUGAUGCUCAACCGCGGUCUGCGAAGACUGGUGGUCAGCAUCGACGAUAUCAGGGCACACUCGCGAGAACUCGCCGAUGGCAUCCUCUACAAACCCUUCGACUAUUCCCUCGCCUUCGAUGCCGCUCUCAAAAAGGUCAUUGGCACGAUCCCCAACCGACCGCCCUUCGAGCAAGAUGAAGAUCGUUUAUACUAUGUGGCAUUCUCCGGAUCAUUUGGAGAAAACACCUGCAACCCAAGGACCCUGGGAAGCUCAUUGCUCAACCGGAUGGUCUGUCUAGAAGGCAUCGUCACGAAGUGCAGCCUGGUGCGGCCAAAAGUGGUCAAGAGUGUUCAUUGGAACGAAAAGAAACAGACCUUCCACUUCAGAGAGUACAGAGAUCAAACAAUGAGUGCAAAUGCGCCCGCAAGUCUGAGCGUCUAUCCUCAAGAAGACGGCGACGGGAAUCCACUUGUCACUGAAUACGGCUACUGCACGUACCGAGACCACCAGACAAUCAGCAUACAAGAGAUGCCAGAACGAGCACCUGCUGGUCAACUCCCUCGAGGUGUCGACGUCAUCAUGGACGACGAUAUGGUCGACCGCGUUAAACCUGGAGAUCGCAUUCAGCUGGUCGGCAUCUUUCGAUCUCUGGGCAACAGAAAUGCUGGGUCGGGCUCCUCUAUCUUCAGGACUCUUAUCCUCGCAAACAACGUGGUGCUGCUAUCAUCUAAGUCGGGUGGUGGGAUUGCAGAAGCGCAAUAUACCGACCAGGACGUCCGAAACAUCAAUAAAUUUGCCAAAAAGCAUAACACGUUCGAACUGCUGUCACAAUCACUGGCUCCCAGUAUCUAUGGACACGACUAUAUCAAGAAAUCAAUCCUCCUCAUGUUGCUCGGAGGUAUGGAAAAGAACUUGCCUAACGGUACCCACUUGAGAGGAGACAUCAACAUAUUAAUGGUUGGUGAUCCUUCGACCGCAAAGUCUCAAUUGCUGAGAUUCGUACUAAAUACUGCUCCUUUGGCCAUCGCCACCACUGGCCGCGGUUCCUCUGGAGUUGGUUUAACCGCCGCCGUCACAUCAGACAAAGAGACGGGUGAGAGGAGGCUCGAAGCCGGUGCUAUGGUCCUGGGAGAUCGUGGCGUGGUCUGCAUUGAUGAAUUCGACAAAAUGAGCGACAUAGACCGUGUUGCCAUCCACGAAGUCAUGGAACAGCAGACAGUAACGAUCGCGAAAGCGGGCAUUCAUACAUCACUCAACGCACGAUGCAGUGUCAUUGCUGCCGCCAAUCCGAUCUUCGGUCAGUACGACAGCAACAAGGAUCCGCACAAGAAUAUUGCCUUGCCUGAUUCUUUACUGUCGCGUUUCGACUUGCUCUUUAUCGUCACUGAUGACAUCGACGACAAGCGAGAUCGCUUGAUAUCAGAACACGUCCUAAGAAUGCAUCAGUACCGGUCUCCCGGCACAGAGGAAGGCGCUCCCAUUCGCGAACAGGCUCAUCAGAUUUUGGGAAUCGGUGUUCAAGAAGAGCACAAUGCGAAACAGACAUCUGAAGUGUACGAGAAGUACAAUGCUGUCUUGCACUCUGGAUUCACCAUUGCAGGCUCUAGCAGGCGCCGGAACGCACAGUCUCAAGCGCAUCCUGUCAGCAUGCCUUUCUUGAAGAAGUACAUCCAAUACGCUAAAAGUCGAUGCAAACCCAACUUGACGAAAGAAGCCAGCGAUUACAUUGUCAAUGCCUAUGCGGAUUUGAGAAACGACCAGAUGAAGGCGAACCAGCGUCGGACCAGCCCGAUGACUGCCAGAACACUGGAAACACUCAUUCGUCUAUCGACUGCUCAUGCAAAGGUCAGGUUGUCCAGCCGUGUUGAGAAAGCAGAUGCUAUGGUAGCAGAGGAGCUCUUGAAGUUUGCCCUCUUCCGUGAAAUUCCUGAGAAGGAAGACAGGAGAAAGAGACGCAAGACUCGCGAUGCAGGUGCAGACAGUUCCGAAGAGACCAAUGACUCUUCCAGCGACGAUGAUAACGACAGUGGUGGUGAUGAUGAUACCCCAUAUCGCGGCACAAGACCCAGUGGCAGCGGCCGCGGUUCGAAGCCCCUGACUCGCAGUCAACGAUCGGCACGGACCAAUGGCGGCGCAACGCAAGGCAGCGCUUCUGGUCGCGGCAAUGGGCUUACCGACGCUGGAGCGGAUGAUGACCACGAAGAGUAUGAUGAGCAGCCCACCAGCUCGCGACGCUCGAGACAGACAGGAGCAGAGUCACAGAUGUCCCGAAUGAGCAUCGGUAGCUCGUUGCCCAGCUCUCAACUUCCCUCCACACCGGCCGACACACAAUCACAGAGCGAAACUCAACGGCCACCAGCCGCCAUCUCGUCAGCGCGGCUUGACAUGUUCCGUCGUGCCCUUGGCCCACUGAUGGUUACUUCGCUAUUCCAGAAUGAUAUGGCCACCGUUUCGGACGUAACUGCUGCCGUCAACCAUGGUAUGCAGGAGAAGAACCAAGAAGAAUUUUCCGACGUCGAGAUCGUCGCAGCCCUGAAGGAGAUGGGAGAUCAGAACCUUAUCAUGUUCCUGGAGGAAAGUGGUGAGGUUUACAAGCUGUAG